CUAGCAGAUGUUAACACUUAACAGCACUAACAGUGUAACCUGGAAGCUAGGCUGUGAGGUAAAUAAAAAGGAAAAAGAAAAAUCUGCCUCUUACCCUAUCGGAGGAAGAUCAACAUCAUCACCAUCACCACCACCACCACCACCACCAUCAGCAGCAGCAUGGAGCAACAGACUGGUUGAGCUUGCGUGCGUGUGUGUGUCCCUGUGCGAGGCGAGCGAGGCAAGCCCCUCUCCAUCAUGUCAGCAGACCCGGCGGGCGCCCCUGACGCCUGCCUGCCCAAGUCCGGGCCUGUGGGACUGCAGACGCUGCUGGACCUGCUGGUCGGCGUGUACCAGGAGUUCAGGGGCUCCUUCAUGGCCCGGGAGAAGCACGUCUCGGGGUUCCUGCAGUGGGCUGAGCCCCUGGUGAGGGAGGUGAAAAGGACACGCAUUCAGAGGGACGACUUCGAGAUCCUGAAAGUCAUUGGCAGGGGGACCUUCAGUGAGGUGGCAGUGGCCAGGAUGCGGCACACACAGCAGGUGUACGCCAUGAAGAUCAUGAACAAGUGGGACAUGUUAAAGAGAGGGGAGACCGCUCGCUACCAGGAAGAGAGGGAGGUCCUUCUGAAGGGAAACAGACAGUGGAUCACAGAGCUCCACUAUGCUUUCCAAGAUGACAAUUAUCUUUAUCUUGUAAUGGAUUACUAUGUGGGCGGUGACCUGUUGACGCUGCUCAGCAAGUUCGGGGACCAUAUCCCAGAGGACAUGGCUCAGUUCUACCUGGCGGAGAUGAUCAUGGCCAUAGAGUCUGUACACAGGCUUGGCUAUGUCCACAGAGACAUCAAACCAGACAAUAUCCUGCUUACAGUAGAUGGCCAUGUUCGACUGGGAGACUUUGGAUCAUGUCUGAGACUCCAAGAGGAUGGGAUGGUUCACUCCUCUCUGGCUGUGGGGACCCCUGACUACCUGUCUCCAGAGAUAUUACGAGCAGUGGACGGGGGAGGUGGAUACGGGACCGAGUGCGACUGGUGGGCCCUUGGCGUGUGCGCCUACGAAAUGAUGAUCGGAGUAACGCCUUUCUACGCCGAGUCCAUUUCGGAAACAUACGCCAAGAUCAUCCAUUACCAGGACUUCUUUGAGAUCCCUGCGUCGGGUCCACCGCUCUCCCCCGAGGCCACCUCUCUCAUCGUGGGCCUGAUCUGCGACAGAAGCGCGCGCCUGGGGAACGGUGGCGUGCAGGACUUCAGGAGUCACCCCUUCUUCAGCGGGCUGGACUGGACUCACCUCCACCUCCUGCCCGCUCCGUACCAACCCGAGGUCUCCAAUCCCACCGACACGUCCAACUUUGACGUGCUUGACGACAGCCUAAGCGAAAUGAAAACUAUGUGUGAACUCCUGGAUAGGACGCCUGUGGGGGUUCAUUUGGCUUUUGUUGGUUUUUCUUACACUGCAACCAGAGACACAGGCGCCCUGGACCACAGUCACGAGAUCAUGAUGGAGAUUGACCAACACCAGUUAAAAAGGCGUCAUAGCAGCCUUCCGCCAAAGGAGCUGCAAACAUGGGAGCCUGAAGAUGUUGCGGCAGAGCCAUCUCCCUUUCUGGCGCUUCCCUUGGCUCAGGAGCUACCCACGAGAACAGACGCACGAGCAGCUGAGGAGAACACAAGACAACAUACAGAGGAAUUAAUGAGGAGGUUACAGGAAGCAGAGCAAAGGAACACAGAGUUGGAGCAGGAGAUGAAGAGACUGAGGGAGGAGAAUAAGGCAUUGAAGAUGCAGAGAGAACAAGAAAUACACAGUAACAAGUCCUGCGCUGAUCAAAGGAAGAAGAAGAACUGAAUGUAGACCAGAGUGGAGACAGAGUGAUGGUGUCAGAGCGAUGACCGUGGAAAGACGAGAAUGAAUGUAGAAAGUAGAAAAUGAAAUGUACUAUAUACGGGAGUAAUUUAUCUCAAAUACAUGUUACUGUGAAUUGCACUGCUGUUUCAAGCCUUCAUAGGUUUUAGCCUGUUUUUAUUUUGUUUAUAAAUUGUAAAUCUUGUUCCCAAAAAGGGGCCUUUUCCAUGUAAAGAUAUGGUUGUCAUAAAAGUAGGUUCUAAAGAAUCAAUUAUUGAAAUUAUAAACUAGCUCAUAUUAUGAAUGUACAGUAUAUACAUUAGGGAUUUGAAGGUCUGUUAGUAAUUCUCAGUGUUGCCAGAUGUACGAUUAUUAUCGUAUUUGUAUCACCAUUUUGUCAAUUUUGACCUCUGUACGAUCAAAAAAACAUGACGUACGAUAAUUUCAGCGUUGUCAUUCAGUUCAUUUAGAUCAUAGAUGCCUUGAAACAACAAUUUGGGUCUUCUACGAUAUUUUUUUCCCCCA